GCGCACUUCUAAUAUGGCGACGUAAACGGCCAAGCAAAUCUGGUGGAAAGAAGAUCCCAGAAGCUCAUUUUUUUGAAGUUGUGAACGUGUGACUUUCAGUGCAGUGGAUGGUUUCUUCUCACCUGCAAUCAUGUUUAUGACACGCUCCGAAUACGAUAGGGGCGUGAAUACAUUUUCACCUGAAGGUCGCAUCUACCAGGUGGAAUAUGCGAUUGAGGCCGUCAAGCUUGCCAGCACUGCCAUUGCGAUCAAGACACCAGAAGGUGUCGUCCUCGCAUCCGAACGAAGGCUCACCUCUCCAUUGAUGGUCGCAUCCGGAAUUGAGAAAAUUGUUGAAAUCGACAAGCACAUCGGCUGUGUGUCCAGUGGUAUCGUUGCAGAUGCACGUACCAUGAUUGACCGGGCACGUCUCGAGGCUCAGCAACACUGGUUUACAUACAAUGAGUCAAUGUCAGUAGAGAGUGUAUCUCGUACCGUCGGCAACCUGGCCAUGAGCUUUGGAGAUGAAGAUGAUGAGGAUGCCAUGGCACGGCCAUUUGGCGUCGCUCUUCUGUUCGGUGGUGUCGACCAUAAUGGACCUCAGCUCUAUCAUGUUGAUCCAUCCGGAACUUUCCGUGCCUAUGAAGCUAUGGCCAUUGGUUCUGGAUCUGAGGGUGCACAAACGUCGCUGCAAGAAGUUUUCCAUAAGAACAUGUCGAUAAAGGAAGCGUGCACAGCGUGUCUCACCAUUUUGAAGCAGGUUAUGGAAGAGAAGCUGAGCUCUACAAAUGUUGAGGUUGCUUGCGUCACACCUGACAAACUCUAUCACUUGUACACAAAGGAUGAAAUUGAAGAAAUUGUGUCAACGAUUGGCUCACUUGUGUGAGCUUCUGCGGCCUGCUUCUUCUUCGUAUUAAAUGCUGCACAUUGUUUUCCAAUUGCUCGAUUCUCGUAUCUGAUUUCUUUUUUUUAUCGUGUGGGCCGCCUGCCGCACUGUGGCAAGCGCUGCCGUACACGCCAUGUUGUCGCUGUGUUGGGUUUUCACUGGUUGUACCCAGCAUGCUUGCAGAUUGUAUUUGUUCGUGUUUUCAUGCGCUGCUGCUGUGUCCAGCGGAUUCCCGGAGCUGAAUGCAUUCUCGGCUACCUGGGCAUGCUGCUGCACAAUUUGUCUUUCAACUCUUUGCUCAGGCUAGCAUUUUCAUUCUCCUUGCAUAUAUUUCCUCCACUUCUGAUGUACAAAGCUGUUGUAGAUACUCCUCCAUGUCGCCUUUCAUUGCUAUCGCCUGUUUUUUAUUAUCUUGAUUACGUACAUGUGUAUAUCUGUGUUACUCGUACCCAUGCUGAACGUUAGUACAUUGUAAAUUAA